UAUUAUAGUAAUCCCAGCGUUACUUGUGGAACUAAGAAUAAAUAAAAAUGAAGAAUAUGCACAUUAGAUGUGUUAUACACAAAUUUACAUAUCUAUAUAACUGCAUAUAGCAGUUAAUAAAUAUACGUACAUACACACACAAUUAGUUUAUUAUAUAUCCCUGUAUAUACAGUAUAAACAAUUACAAUUGUGAAUUCAUGACAUUAUGCCAUUUACUAAUAGAUUGUGUCUGUCUGAUUGUGUAUUUAGAUCAUCAUUACCUUUGCCUAAUCUAUAUCCUUAUAAUUAAUAAAGCAAGAGCAAAUAACAACAUGAGUACUGUUUGCUGAUGUAAAAUUCAUUUGGUGCUUUCUAUAGUAGACACGGCAUUCACUUUGGAUCAUGUAUUUUGGAAAAUGCCCUUUCAUACAAAAUACGUUUUGUUUUUACUUCUUCUCCUCUUUUACUCUUAAAGAAGGAAUUUCAACCCCUUUGUUGUUACACAGUGAUCAGUAGAUAAAUUAUAUCCCUUUAUCCCUAUUGUUAUUGGAGAGGCUCCUCCUCUACUUCCACUUGUCCUCUUUUGGUGGCGUCCCCCUCAACCUCUUGAUAAGAGGUGUGUGCUGAAACAAGACCAAGUAUUUGAGAUUGUCUUCAGCCUCAAGAAGAGGUCUAACCAACCCACAGUCAGACUGCAGAUCUGCCACUGGGCCCUAUUUUUUUUGUUGCUCUUUGACAUUGGAGGGAGCUACAGCUAACAGCCUACAUGGAUGACCUCAAAGCUUUCUCCUUGGAUUCCUGUUUAGAUGGGUAUGGACCUUUAGUGCAAAUGCCCCACCAGACUUGCUUGCAACCAGCUAUGGCAUCAACUGGAUUUUCUAUGACCCAUUGCCUUCCUCAAAACCCCAUUAGGACUUGUUACCCUGGGACAUACAGCAAUUCUGGUGAUCUACCAAGCUACCAAGAUAACAUCAGGAACACCGAUUGGUACGGGGGAAACCAGGACAUGCACUACCCACCAUUUUCCAGAAUUAUUGCUCCCUCUGGAUUCAAUGUUUCAACUGCGGGAUGUUUGGGUUACCUUGCCGAAGGACCAAAACAUUCUCUGUACUUGCAGCACACAUCCAAGAGGAAACGUAGAGUCCUAUUCUCUCAGGCACAAGUGUAUGAGCUGGAGAAAAGGUUUGAACACCAAAAAUACCUUACAGCUCCAGAAAGAGAGCAGUUGGCUAAACACAUCCACCUUACUCCCAAUCAAGUCAAGAUCUGGUUUCAGAACCAUCGCUACAAGAUGAAGAGGCAAUCGAGGAAUCACGAUCCUUUGGCAGUAGAAGAGGCUAAACCUUACAGCGUGGAGUCUAAUGGCAGCAAAGUAGCCUGUGGCAGCCCAUGCACCUCUGUUGAGGAUUACGGACCUGCUGAAAUCAAGCUAGACUAUAAAGGGUCAGUCCAGGACCAGCAACUCAAUACCCAAGGCAUCAUUUUAGGACAGGACUUUCUUAAUUCAGCUUCAGAUCUUCAGGAGUUUGAGAAAGCCAGCCGAAAUUUAAUGUUUAAACCCUGGUGAUUCAGAAUUAAGAGCCAAUUAUUUUUUUGUUGCAUGUCUGAUUCUACAGUUUAGGCCAAACGCAAGUAUCUCCUGUUAAGGAGCCAACCUUACAGAAAAGGGACUGGGACAAUGCAGAACAGAUGGGUUUACCUAGAAACAACUAAAUACAUGCUGUCCGUCCUGCAGCUGUUUCUAAGCUACAACACCUAGCAUACUCUACAACCUUUAGUUAGAACUGUGAUACAACUACACCCGAAAGACUGUGCUAGUCAUACCUUACAUAAAUACUAAAAGAGGUAAUCUAUUAUUACGCAAUGCAAUAGAGUUAAACUGUAUAUUUUUAAACAAAGGGCCCCAGUCAUUUUUGGGGUCAAGGUCAACUGUACUCUUUGCCUUACUUUGACUUCUAUUAUGGUUAAUAAACAACACAACCCCGAAAGAAAAUGACAUUAAUCUAACCGUACUCCAAGGGGCCGAUUCACUAAGGAUCGAAUAUCGAAGGUUAAUUAACCCUCGAUAUUCGACUAGGAAUUAAAAUCUUUCGAAUAUCGAAGUCGA